GGAGUAUACGGCCGCGGUGGCGGCAGGGGCCAUGUCUCUGGAGGAUGGCUUGCGCCUCGUAGCAAGGCGGGGCGAGCUGAUCGACCAGAAGUGCGACGUAGGCGUGGGCAGCAUGGCAUCCAUCUUCGCCACCAAGGAGCAGGUGCAGAAGGCAAUGGACGAGGUGAAGAAAGACUUGGCGAAGGGCCAGGUGGUGGUCAUUGCUGCCUUGAAUGGGCCUGCCCAGACCGUUGUGUCGGGCCACAAGGCCGCGGUGAAGCUUGUUUGCGACAACGUGGGCGCACAAAGCAAAGUGUUGAGCAUCCCCCACGCCAUGCACUCGCCUUUGAUGGCCCCCAUCCUGCCGGAGCUGCGGGAGGCUGCGCAGAAGUGCCAGCGGCCCGGCAGAGCCGGAGUCUUGAUGUGGGCCUACCUCAGGCAGGUAGGAUAG